AUGCCGGUCGUCACGCUGCACCCGCUGCUCGAGCAGUACGCCCGCACAGACGUCGCAGGAAUCUGGCUGGUGUGCCAUCUCGCGAUGUCGCAGCAGUCGUGGCUGCCGAGCCAGACCGUCUUCAUGCGGGGGGAGCGCGCCUCCGAGAUGCUGAUUGUGCUGUCGGGCUCGCUCGAGUACACGUGCCGGCAAAGCGAGAACGUGAGGAUGGACCAGUGGCUUUGUGAGGCUGUGCUGUGGAGCGAGAAGUGGCACUACUGCGGCGGUCUCGUUGCGAAGGGCAUUUCCGAGAUUUGCGGUCUCACGGCGCUAAGUUCCGCGCGGUAA